AUGCCCAACGAGCCGGCUGGUGGAUGGAGGUUCUUAGACUUCAUGUCACUCAAAGACGGGCGGGCGGAGAUCCGGCGGAUGAUCCGCGAGCAGCUGGCGCUCGAAGGCACAAACACUGCCUUGGAUGCUGCGGAUGAAGAGCCGCAGGCAUCCGACAUGAAGCCAGGCAUGGUCGCCGAAGCGAAGCCCACGCCCAAGCAGAAGCAGAAGAAGAAACGGAAGGGGAAGGAACAGCUCAAGGAGGAGGGGGGCGAUGAGCCAGAGAAGGCUCCCUCGACAUCCGCGGUCGCUGAGCCCAGUCCCAAGCCGGGCCGGAAGUUGAAGCGCGGCAAGGCCCAUCGUGCGGAGGCCGCUCCGCAGGUAGAGGAGGCCGAGGCGCCGCAAAGGGAGCCAAAGAAGCGCCCAAAGCGCAAGGCGCAGAAGGAGGAGCAGCCCUCAAAGGCCCCGAAGGCGGCAAAGACAAAGAGGUCCAAAGGCGCGAGCCCUGCGGCCACCGAUGCGGCCGACUUGCAUCCCUCUUGGAACGCCAAGAAAGCUGCCAAGGUGAGCGGUGCCAUUGUCGAGGCGGCAGGAGAUCGAAAGGUGUUCGACAGUGAUUCAGACGCCUGA